AUGGUGCUGCAUGCCAUCUUGGCACGGGGGAGGGACGUGUGCAGGCGGAAUGGACUACUCAUCCUGUCUGUGCUGUCUGUCAUUGUGGGCUGCCUCCUAGGCUUCUUCCUGAGGACCCGGCACCUCUCACCACAGGAAAUUAGUUACUUCCAGUUCCCUGGAGAGCUCCUGAUGAGGAUGCUGAAGAUGAUGAUCCUGCCACUGGUGGUCUCCAGCUUGAUGUCCGGACUUGCCUCCCUGGAUGCCAAGACCUCCAGCCGCCUGGGCGUCCUUACUGUGGCGUACUACCUGUGGACCACCUUCAUGGCUGUCAUCGUGGGCAUCUUCAUGGUCUCCAUCAUCCACCCAGGCGGCGCGGCCCAGAAGGAGACCACGGAGCAGAGUGGGAAGCCCAUCAUGAGCUCAGCUGAUGCCCUGCUGGACCUCAUCCGGAACAUGUUCCCAGCCAACCUAGUAGAAGCCACAUUCAAACAGUACCGCACCAAGACCACCCCAGUUGUCAAGUCCCCCAAGGUGGCACCAGAGGAGGCCCCUCCUCGGCGAAUCCUCAUCUACGGGGUCCAGGAGGAGAAUGGCUCUCGUGUGCAGAACUUCGCCCUGGACCUGACCCCACCGCCCGAGGUCAUUUACAAGUCGGAGCCGGGCACCAGCGAUGGCAUGAAUGUACUUGGCAUCGUCUUCUUCUCUGCCACCAUGGGCAUCAUGCUGGGCCGCAUGGGUGACAGCGGGGCCCCCCUGGUCAGCUUCUGCCAGUGCCUCAAUGAGUCGGUCAUGAAGAUUGUGGCAGUGGCUGUGUGGUAUUUCCCCUUCGGCAUUGUGUUCCUCAUCGCCGGCAAGAUCCUGGAGAUGGAUGACCCCAGGGCGGUCGGCAAGAAGCUGGGCUUCUACUCGGUCACCGUUGUGUGCGGGCUGGUGCUCCACGGGCUCUUCAUCCUGCCCCUGCUCUACUUCUUCAUCACCAAGAAGAACCCCAUCGUCUUCAUCCGUGGCAUCCUGCAGGCCCUGCUCAUCGCGCUGGCCACCUCCUCCAGCUCAGCCACACUGCCCAUCACCUUCAAGUGCCUGCUGGAGAACAACCACAUUGACCGGCGUAUCGCGCGCUUCGUGCUGCCCGUGGGUGCCACCAUCAACAUGGACGGCACUGCGCUCUAUGAGGCCGUGGCCGCCAUCUUCAUCGCCCAGGUCAACAACUACGAGCUGGACUUUGGCCAGAUCAUCACCAUCAGUAUCACAGCCACUGCAGCCAGCAUUGGGGCAGCCGGCAUCCCCCAGGCCGGCCUCGUCACCAUGGUCAUCGUGCUCACCUCCGUGGGACUGCCCACCGAUGACAUCACCCUCAUCAUUGCCGUUGACUGGGCUCUGGACCGUUUCCGCACCAUGAUUAACGUGCUGGGUGAUGCGCUGGCAGCGGGGAUCAUGGCCCACAUAUGUCGGAAGGAUUUUGCUCGGGACACAGGCACUGAGAAACUGCUGCCCUGCGAGACCAAGCCAGUGAGCCUCCAGGAGAUUGUGGCAGCCCAGCAGAAUGGCUGUGUGAAGAGUGUGGCCGAGGCCUCCGAGCUCACCCUGGGCCCCACCUGCCCCCACCACGCCCCCGUUCAAGUGGAGCAGGACGAGGAGCCGCCCGCUGUGAGUCUGGACCACUGCACCAUCCAGAUCAGUGAGCUGGAGACCAAUGUCUGAGCCUGCGGAGCUGCAGGGGCAGGCGAGGCCUCCAGGGGCAGAGUCCUGAGGCAGGAACUCAACUCUCCAACCCUCCUGAGCAGCCGGCAGUGGCCAGGAUCACACAUUCUUCUCACCCUUGAGAGGCUGGAAUUCACCCCGCUUGACAGAAAAUGGAUCUCAGAGAAGGGAAAGGCCACAUGGGGGAGCCCCAACCAGGGAGUGAUGGGCCCGGCAUUGCCCGAGGCCCCGCUGUGACAGUUUCCCCCGUGUGCGCCCGGUGAGGGCAGCUGGCAGGGGUUAUCCGGCCCCACUUUCUGGAUGACAGAGCUGAGGCCCUGAGAGCUGAAAACACUUGUCCAAGGUCUCACGUUAAGGUCAAGCCACUAACUCAAAUCUUUCAAGCCCCACCUCUCCUCUUGGAGGACAGGGCAGCCUGUAGCUGUGUCCAGACCCAGGCCCCACCCCAUAACAGGUGGCCUCAGCCACAUAGCUCUCCCCAAGGGGAGCAGCCCAGGGCCGAGCCCCACUGCCUUCCCCAGGCCACAGUGCGUCCAGUCUCCUGUCCCACCACGUGUCUCUUGCAAAGCUCCUUGGAUGUGGAGAUAGAUGUCUUUACUAGAGUUGCAAGGCCCCCGCGACACAUCCAGGUCAAUGUCCCACGGGAUAGGUAGGCAAACCAGGACUCCGGGAGGGAGGUGCAGCCAGGACGCUCUGGUGGACCUGCCGAUGGAGCCCUGGUGUCAGAACUCCCCAAAGGCCUGUGCAUCCAAGUGGAGUCAGGUUUUCUCUUCCUUUCUGUGUUUGCAAAUUCAGUGUUGACUAAAUAAAGUUAUUUUGUUUUU